AUGACUAAACCAAUGCAACUGAGUCCCUUGACGGGUGCUGAAGCCGAUGCUGAUGCUGUUCAUUUGCAGUGCGAUGGCGAUAAGCCCCUCUGUGGCUCCUGUCGGUCCCAUGAGCUGGCUUGUCACUACGAGCCGGCUCGACCUACACGGCGGCAAAAGUACUGGGACCGCGACUAUGUCCAGGCCCUCGAAGACCAAGUGCGGCUGCUGUCCGCGUCCCUCCAACAGGCCAAGGAAUCUGGCUCGUCCCAGUCAGCUUCGCCAGCCAGCCAGCCAUCACCCUCGGAGCCCAAACAGCUUCCCUACGGCCCGAAGAUGCUCAAGGCCCUGCACGACUUUGGCUCCGUCAAGUGGGCCGAUGCCACCGGCCGGGAUGGACUCCCCAUCCUGGCCGGCCCGGGCCGCUUCUCCUUUUACUCAAACACACUGUUACCUACGUUUGAGGACGGCACAAAGCCCUCGCCGCCACCCACACUGUCAACUGAGACGUUUUUACUGGAGAUUGCCUCCAAUCUGAGCCUCAAGCAGCAUCUCAAGGCACACUUCCUCGAAAAUAUCAAUUCUUAUUACAAGUUUGUCGAUCCCGUCUGGCUGAACUUCUCCGACCUAUUUCCCCACAACGAUACAGCCCUGCAGCUGCUCUACAGUGCCCUGUUUGCGGCUGCCGCAUACUCGUCGCCUGUGGCCACCAGAGAGACUGCCGAGGCCUUCAUGGCAUAUGCCGAGGGCUUGGUGCAGCAGUGCUAUCUGGAGCACUUGUGUCUUCCUGUGCUGCAGGGCCUCAUGAUCAUUGCUUUUUAUAAACACGUACAGCUGGAUGCGGCCAAGGGCCAUCUAUACCACUAUAUGGCAAUCGGGCUAUCCAACCAUCUAAAAAUCAGAGACGUGCCGCCACAGGAGCGAACUGUCAAUGACGUGGCCACCAUUAGGACCUUUUGGUCCCUAUUUUUCCUUGACCGAAUCUCUACUCCAAAGCUAGGUGCCCCUGCGGCGAUUCCAUGGGAGCCCGACAGCAUCACGCCGUAUAUUGACACCGUGCCACCGGAAUUGGUCGACACUGCCUCGCUCUCCUUUGAUCACCACUGCCGGCUGUACCACAUCCAGCAGCAGUACAUCGACGUCAUGUACUCCCCCCAUUUUCAACAGCGUCCAGCCGCCGAAAAACAAGCCAUCUUCGCCAAAGCAAACAAUGCGAUGUUGGCUUUGCGGAAGAAGAUUGAUAGGCGCCUCUACAUCAGUCGUAACGUGAAGCCUAAUAGAGUCCAAGUCGUCUUCUGGAUCACAUAUCACUCCAUCUUAAUCAACCUCUAUCGCCCAAUUCUCAAUCCCAAAGAUCCCGGCAUGACUGACAACAUCCCCACGGCCUUUCGAUCCGCCACGGCCUCGGCUAUGGCCAUUACUAGAAUGCUCAAAGGCCUCCAAGCGACCGAUGAGAUCAAGUAUCUACCACCUUUCAUCAUCUACCACGUCUUCCGCGCGGCAUUGGUUCACGGCCUCAACCUCAUCGCCGCCGAAGAAGCCGGCGGCCAGCGAAUGUCGUCGGGAAAUUUCUGGUCCUGUUUCCGCGUGCUCGGGGAGCUGAGCGGUAUUUGGAAGGAGCUUUCUGAGGGCACGAUGCCGUUUGUGCUCUUGGCUACGAGGGGUUGGGGGCUUCAGGAAGAGGCCACGGGUGUGGCGGACGAGAAAGACGAGGAAGAGGACGAUUAUGAGGCGGGGAUAAACGACCUUAUUGGCGAACUUGAGGGAGAAGCCGUGUGA